AUGCCGACCCUGAACGAGGCAGCGUUCCUCAUCGACAAGCGCGGUAGCCCUUUGGAGAUCCGCCCUGCUCAUUACACCGCACCCGGUCCGGACGAACUAGUGGUCAAGAAUGAAGUCGUCGCGAUUAACCCGGUCGACGCAGCAGUGCAAAUGGCCGGCAAGUUCAUGCUGACGUGGCUCAAGUAUCCCACCAUUCUGGGCCACGACGUGUCGGGGGUGGUGGUGGAAGUUGGGCGCGGCGGCAGCGCGGAUCAACGAUUCAAGCCUGGCGACCGCGUCGUCGGCCACGCCGUCGGCACAUACAAGCGUGUCAACAAGUUGUCCGAAGCUGCGUACCAGCAGUACACGGUGUUACGAUGCAGUCUGACGUCCCAUAUUCCCAGCGACUUGUCACACGAAAGGGCCUGCGUCCUUCCGCUGGGACUGUCGACCGCUGCAUGUGGCCUCUUCAUGACAGAUCAUCUCGCUCUGCGGAAACCGAAGCUACAAUCUAGGGAAGGCCUGCAACGGUAA